CUUGUCAGUGUAACGGUCACAGUCAGUGUGUCAACGAGAGCGUGUGCGAGAAGUGCGAGGACCUGACAACUGGCCGUCACUGCGAGAGCUGCAUUUCCGGCUUCUAUGGAGAUCCGACCAACGGGGGCAGCUGCCAGCCCUGCAAGUGUAACGGCCAUGCCAGCAUGUGCAACCCCAACAACGGCAAGUGCUUCUGCACCACCAAGGGCAUUAAAGGAGAUCGCUGCCACCUGUGUGAAGUGGAGAACCGUUACCAAGGCAACCCCCUCAAAGGAACAUGCUACUACACGCUCCUUAUCGACUACCAGUUCACCUUCAGCCUGUCACAGGAGGACGACCGCUACUACACCGCCAUCAACUUCGUGGCCACGCCUGAGGAGCCAAACCGGGAUCUGGACAUGUUUAUAAACGCCUCCAAGAACUUCAACCUGAACAUAACCUGGGCCACAAGCUUCAGUGCAGGAACUCAGACCGGCGAGGAGAUCCCCAUCGUCUCUCGGAGCAACAUCAAGGAGUUCAAAGACAGCUUCUCCAACGAGAACUUUGAUUUCCGUAACAGCCCAAACAUUACGUUCUUCGUCUAUGUGAGCAACUUCACCUGGCCCAUUAAGAUCCAAGUAAGCUUCAGCUCGGCUGCGUUCAUUUUGAAAUAAAGUUGGUUCUCCUAUGAAAGUGUGUGACACCGUAGUCGAGCUGCUCUUAUCAGGUGUAAUAUCAGCCAUCGAUUGCUGGUGAAACUAUCAUCAUCGCUGUAAAACACUGAUAGUGAACCAUGUAAUAAAUGUGAG